AUGAAGGUUGUCGCUCUCUUUUCUGCUGCCGCCCUCGUUGCGUCCGCCGCAGCCCUGACCAUCAACACGCCUUCGGACGUGAACGAGUGCGAGCCUUCUGCGUUCUCGUGGACUGGUGGAACCGAGCCUUACUACCUCGCCAUCAACUAUGGCACGGACCCUGACGGUACCGCGAUCCAGUCGUACGGUCCGCUCACUGGUACCUCCUUUACCUGGUCCACCAACAUCUCGUCCAAUACCGAACUCGUUCUCACGCUUAAAGACAGCACUGGUACCACCGCCCAGUCCGGUGACUUCACCGUUGGCACGGGCACAACCAGUUGCUUGACCGCGAGCGGUUCAAGUGCGGCUGCAAGCUCUACCUCCGCGGCUAGUUCGUCUGCUGCUGCUUCUAGUAGUGCAGCUGCAUCUAGCUCUGCGAGUGGAUCUUCGGCCAGUUCGGCUGCUUCGGCUGCAUCGACCAGCUCGGCCUCCAGCGCGGCCUCCAGCGCCUCCGGCGCGUCUGCUGCUGCUUCUUCUUCGGCAAGCGGCACGUCGACUGGUGCUGCUAGUUCAUCCACGACCUCGGCGAGCACGAGUGGCGCGCUCAACAAGAUCGCCCAUGUGGGCCUGGCAGCUGCUGUCGGUGCUGCGGUCGGCUUCGUCCUCGCUUAA